UUUUCACCUCCAGUACUUUUUUUCUCAAAGAUGUUUACUUUUCUUUCUUUUGGAUUGUCUUGCUUUGCAAUGCAGCUAGUUAUGAUUGUUGCUGAUGAUCCUCAAUGUACAUACAAUUUUAAUACGUAUAACGUUGGACAGACAUUCACGAAUACGGCGGGAAGACCUUGUGUAUGUUUACAGGACGGCAGCUACAGGUGUAAAGCAGUAACAGCGGUCAAAAAGACGGUUUUAGUCCCUAAAUGCCAGUACCUAGGAAGGGUAUACAACGCCGGUGAAAGGUUCCCAGCAGGAGACGAUUGCAACUCAUGUGAAUGCCAAGCAUCAGGGGUACCAGCAUGUACAGAAAAGAGAUGCUAUCAGGCCGCAACCUGUGUACAUUUGGGAAAGAUUUACCAACCCGGUAACACGUUUUCUCAGGGAGAUAGCUGCAAUACAUGUACUUGUAUGAACACAGGAAAAGUACAAUGCACGGAAAACAAGUGUUUUCCAGAUUGCAUAUACAAUGGACAGACAUAUAAAGCCGGGGCUGUGUUUCCCAAAGGAGAUAACUGUAACAGAUGUACAUGUAUGGUCACUGGAACUGCAUUUUGCACCAAGGAUUCGUGUGCACCGAAAUGCGACUUCAAGGGUAGACAAUACGAGGUGGGCAGUUAUUUCCGCAAUGGCUGUAAUACGUGUACCUGUGUGGAUGGUGGAGUUCUAAAGUGUACCAACAAACAGUGCAAACCAGAUUGUGUAUAUCUUGGAGAAGGGUAUAUGAGUGGUGAUGUAUUUGACAAGGGAGACAACUGCAAUACCUGUAAAUGUCUGGCUGAUGGCACCGUCCAAUGUUCAGGAAAAUCUUGUUUCUCAAAUUGUCACCACAAUGGCGUUGUGUACAGGGCCGGUCAGAGCUUCAAACCAGACAAAUGUAACACGUGCUGGUGCAUGGUCACCGGGGAUCUAAGCUGCACAGACAUGUCUUGUUACCCAGACUGUAAACAUCAAGGAAAAACCUACAAGGCCGGAGAGACCUUCCUUAAGGGGGACAACUGUAAUACGUGCACUUGUACUGUGACUGGUGACGUCACAUGCGGGAAGGAGUCAUGUCUUCCGGUCCAGACCACCACCCAGUCGUAUAUCCCACUCCCUCCUCAACCAACUCCGAAUUAUAUAGAUGUAACAGUAAGAUGCCCACACAAUGGCUAUACAUACAACGUCGGGGAGACAACUCCAUCUCAAGAUGGCUGUAACGAAUGUACCUGUCGUCAAAAUGGCAACAUGGAAUGUACAAAUAACGUUUGUAGUAAUGAUGACAGAAAAUAAACUCAGAGCGACAAUCCACGAAUAUGAAUUCCAAAGUCACUUGAAUUUUUUGAGCAAAUAUUUAUUUUUUAGUUUUCAGUUGAUGUAUAUACCUCUCAAAUUGUAUAUCUGAACUUUAAUAUAAUCAUUGUGUUUCAUUGUAUCUUUUACCAAAAAAUGUAAACAUCAUGUGUGCUCAAAAACAUUUGCUUAAACAGGGUGUGUAUGUAUGUUUAAGUAGGCAAUCGUUUUAUAAUAAAACAGUUAUACAACAUAUGCUAAUUAGUUUUAUUUCAUUGUUUAACACUUUAAUUGCAUUUAUAAGAAUAUCAACGGUUUGUUAUGAUCGUUUGCAUAGAAAUAGUAAUGCUUCAAAGCUCGUCUCCUUAUAGGACAAGCUUUUGGUACUGAAUGCGAAAAUACGUAAUGGAAACAAACAUUAUGGUUUGAUAGAAACACCUAUAAAAAGUACUUACUAAUGAAAUACAGUACAUUCUUCUGUCUCUGAAAACGCCCUCCCCUAAUUAAUAAUUACAUUUAGUGAUAUCAUUUUGUUGCCAUAAAACACACAAAAAAAACAAAAAUAUGUGAAUUGAGAUUUUUAUAUCUUACUCUUUACUUGAAUGUAAAGAAUUAUAAUUAACAUGUUUGGGUAGGCAGUUAAUAUGCAUUUAAAUAAAACAUGGUUAUUUUCCCUAUAUUCCAUCUAUUUAUUUAUUUAGUACCUUUCGUCAAAAUUUCUCUCUAGCACAGAAAUAUCUAUAAGGAAAUCUACAAGUUCUAACGUUCAUUAAAACGCACAUGCUAAUUACUUGUAAAGGAUUCACUAUCUCUUCUAUAAGCAACAUUUUUGUGAAUGAUCAGUAUUUAACUUAGUAUCAUGUAACACUUUAUUACAAGAAUAUUAUAUAUACGAAUUGUUCACGGGUGAUAUGGCAAAGGUUACUAUUGAAGAUAACAUUGUACAUACAUGUAUGAACCUAAGACUAGAAAAAGUUGUCAAAGA